CAGGGCUCAGCACUUCGGUCCAUUCUAACCAAAGUGGAGGAUGAUGUGGGGGAGGCGAAUACAAACGGCAGAUCACAGAGCUGAGGUUCUCAGGCACUUCAAAUAAACCAUAGCCAAAGCAGGAAGCGGGAUUUAAACAGAGUCGAGGCUGAGGAAAGGAUGCAGGCAGGCUAGGGGCAGCACUGUAGUUUUUUGACAGGCUUGUGGCAAACGGUCAGAGGGAGUCGGUGCAAGUUUAUUCUUCGCUGGAUUUGUAGCUAUAAUUCUACUGAAGGUAGGACAAACGGUGGAACCUGCGUUUCUCGGAUGCAAGAGCGGAUGGAACUCAGGGCAACGCUUCACCUCAAGGUCCUAUUGUUCUGGAAGCUUUUAAUUUCCUUGGAAGGUUCCAGACUCCGACUUGAUGAAUCCCCCCCUCUGAUAAUUGAACAUCCGACUGACCUGGCUGUCUGCAAGGGAGAGCCUGCUACCUUGAACUGUCGGGCAGAGGGAAAGCCCCCACCGGUCAUCGAAUGGUACAGGAACGGUGAACGGGUGGAGACCAGCAAGGAUGACCCUCAGUCCCAGCGUACUCUCCUGCCACACGGCUCCCUCUUCUUCUAUCAGUUAAACCAGGGACGCAAAGGGAAAUCUGAUGAGGGUAUAUACAUGUGUGUGGCACGCAACCACCUGGGAUACGUCGUAAGCAAGAAUGCAUCACUUUAUGUGGCAUCCUUGCGGGACGAGUUUAAACUGCAGCCGAGUGAUGUGGUGGUGGCACUGGGAGACCAGGCAGAAAUAGAAUGCCUGCCACCUCGAGGCUAUCCAGAGCCCACCGUCACAUGGAAGAAGAAUGGGGCACCUCUGAAUGAAAAAGACGAGCGCUACAGAAUCACUGUUGGCAAACUCAUCAUUUCCCAAACUCACUGGAGUGACUCGGGAGUGUAUGUCUGUGUAGCAAUGAAUAAAGUGGGACGACGGGAGAGUAGGGCUGCACGUAUAUCCAUACUAGAAAAGCCAACCUUUGUCCAGAGGCCGAGUGAUGUGACAGUAAGAGCUGGGGAUACCGUGACGUUUUCCUGCGAUGUCCGUGGUGAUCCAAUGCCGCGUGUAUACUGGUUGAAGGAAAAUGGCAACCUUCCCACAGGGAGAUACGAGGUCAACUCUGACAACACAAUAAAGAUACAUUACAGCACUCUUGAUGAUGCAGGCCGCUACACCUGCCUAGCAGAGAACCUGGUGGGUUCAGCCACUGUGUCCGUCUCCCUCUUUGUGCAAGAUGCUGUUGAUUCAGGUCAGAGAGACGAGGAGAAAGACACUCAUCGGGAGCUGUUGGAUGUUAGGAUUUACCUUGACAACGUGACUGUCCUUCCAUCAUCUGCACAUGUCUAUAUCCACUGGAAGGUUAUUUCCCCAUCUCAAAACAUCGAGGGAUUUAUAGUUUCCUUUCGCUCUUUGCUGCCCUUGCCUGUGGAAUGGAUGGAGCAGCAGGUUACCCAUCCCCUCGAGAGGAGCACGGUGCUGACUUCCCUGAAGAGGGGCUACGUGUAUGAGUUCAAGGUUCAGGCGUACAGUGGUAGUUUCCGCAGUCCAGACAGCAACAUGGAGCAUGGAAAGGUUCCCGAGGAAGUGCCGGAUGCUGCUCCCCAUAGUGUGAUUGUAGCAACGACAGAAAGUAGGAAUGGCAGCAUUGUGAUCAGCUGGGAACCCCCUCCUCCCGAGUCACACAACGGCAUCAUUAAAGGUUACAAGGUUUGGUGUUUUGGGAAUGAGACUCAACAUCACAGAAAUUGGACAGUAGAUGGCAGUACACACCGCCUGGAGAUACCCGCGCUGAAUUCUGGGAUUGAGUACCGUGUGCAGAUCGCAGCAAUCAAUGGUGCUGGAGUCGGAGUACACACCAAACCACAAUCUGUCUAUCUAGACUCUUCAGAUCAAGAAAAGUCAGUGGAGUCUUCGAUCCUUGGACUGGUGCUGGAGAUUGUGAAGCAGCCAGUCUUCAUUGCAAGCGCUGGGAGUGUUCUCUGGGUCAUCCUGAUGGUGUUCAGUGCAUGCUUGUACUGGCGCCGCCGCACAAAACGCUGCCAAAUUCAGAAGAAACACAGGCUCAGCAAAGGCUUGUACAGACUGGCUAAUGAAGACAUUAUUAUCAAGCACAGGAUGAAUCUCACUGACUCUCCCUGGUUGUCGAACUCCUGGAAAUCCAGCAACUGCUCCAAGAGCUUCAGUCCUGGGAAUAGUCAGCCUCUCUGGCUCCACAGUCAGGAGAAACAAGCCUACUGGUCAACAGGUUCAUCAAUUGAGAAGGACCAGUGUUUGAGAGACCAAAACCCCUUGAUAUUUCCUGAUAACAGUCUGUAUGGGACGUUCAAUGCUGACAUUAAAGGAAAGGAUUUAAAGACGUUUAGCACACCCCUAUCACAGAGAUCUACAAACUCAAGCUAUACUGUUCAGAUGACUCCAAAUCAGAGUCCUUUGCCAUUACUGAAAAACAACACUAACAGAAACAACAUCAACGGUUUUGGCCAGGAAAUUACAAAGUUACCAUGGAAACCGACACCCUACCGACAAGCCAAUCCAGAAUCAUGGAACAAAAACUGCAAUAAUGAAAGUAAUGGAUCUGUGAUCACUGUCAGUCAGAAUCCAAUCACCAGUCCGGGAUCCAGCCGCAAAGACUCCACCAUCACUCCAGUGGGCCCUUUCUGGCUAAAUACACAAGGUGAUGGGAAAAAGGUGAUGAGGACUUUCUGUUCACCGAAGAUCCAGCAUCACAAUUUCAGACUCAAAUUGGUGGAUGCUCUCCCACCUCCACCACCUCUCCCAGUCGAGCAACCUGAGCACAUCCACAGCACACAGGAAGGGCCAAGCAAUCCCAAUAAGCUGUCAGGCUUCAGCACAGUGUCCGCAGAAGCACAGAGGGAGGGAAGUUGCUCUCCUCUGGAAGAUGACAAGAUGUCCUAUCAGACCACGUGCUACAGCCGCCUUUCCACUGCCACCCUCUCACUGUCAGCAAACGACGGUGUGGACAACAGUCACCGGCCAGAACCAGUCGAUCAUUUCCUGGAGCUGACAGAUGAGGGUAACCUAAGGCACUUCACAGACAGCUCAUCCUCCUUUCAAAGACCUUUCUCGCCUCCCCACACGUAUGGGUACAUCUGUGGGCCGCUGCCCUCUGACCUGGAAACGGAUGCUGCAGACUAUGAUGAUGAGGACGAUGACCUGGAUGUGGAGGUGGCCCGUGUGAACUCUCGCAGGUUCUUCCACAGACUCUGCCGCACUCCAACCUCCAGCAUCAGCGAGUGCGAGAGCUCCCUUGCCGGAUCAUUGGCCAAUGGCUGGGGCUCUGUCUCCGAGGACAAUUUCACCAGUGCCCGCUGCAGCAUGGUCAGCUCCUCCGAUGGCUCCUUCCUCAUGGAUGCCAACUUCGCCCAGGCCCUUGCCGUGGCCGUUGACAGUUUUUGCUUUGGUCUGAAACAAACAGAGAUGGCGACUCCUUACACAGCUCUCCCUCCAACAUCCUGUAUGCCCACUGCCUUACCUGAUGCUGAGCUGUCAUGCAAUCGUUCCGAAGGAUCAGAGGCCACAAGUGAAUGUUCAGAAUCUGAACCUGGUCACAUUUGGGAUUGGAAUAUGUCUUGGGCUGAUGAGAUAGAAGACACAAUCUCCCAAAAGGAGGAAAUGGCAGCCAGGAAGCAGAGUGCUACUGGAAAAGACCCCAGUGGAUUCUUCAGCAAGAUCUCAGACCAGCAACAACAGGCCAAAUACAUCACUGAUGGGCACAACUCUAAACUGGACAUCCAGGCGAACCCUGCUCUCAAUGCAGUACAUGUAUCAUUCGCAACAGUUGGAGCCCCAGUACAGAAGAGUUUUGCUGUUCGGAGGAAAGUGGAGAAAGUUGGAUUGAUGAAUUUUCCAACAGAUACCAAUGGUCUCACCAUGGUUAAGGUCUAAGAACAUGAAUGGAUUGGAACUCCUGACCCAUCACUGUACAUACAGAAACCUACGGACAUCAGGAUCCAGAUCCAUAAGGAAAGGAGAGAUGGAUGUUUAUAGGAUGGAGACAUUCCAGUGGUUAUUGAUGGGCAGCUAGGGCACUUAGUCAUUUUCAGUUCUACUCGACAAGGCUGCGCUUAUCAAAAUGGAGGAUGUUUCAGUGUGUAGCCUGUGUAACUUUUAUAGAAAACUUGGUAGUUUUGAACCACAGAGGGCCAGACAGCUAAACUUACAAUCUAUUCAAAAUCCAGGGUCACAAACAAAACAGUCAACGUGUACAGCUAGAUGUUAGAAAACUGUGAUAUGAAGAGUGACUGACUGGAUCUAGACAUUGGUUUGUAGAUUGUGUAGAUAGAUCUAUGAGGCCCGAGUGGGGGAGAUGAUUAAAUUCAAAAGCAAGGCUGUUUUUGGAGUUUCUGAGUACGUGUACACAGACACCCUGCCAGCAUACGUCAGCUUUUAACUUAUCUCAUUACUAACUAAUCUAACAGAUGUAUUUAAAUAAAACUGACCUUGAAAGCCAGUCUGGAGUGACAUUAAAAACUCAAUAAUAUACAUCAAAGAAGUCCAAAGUCUCAAUGAUAUAAGGUCAGUUCAGACAAUGGUGUUGGAUGACAGCUCACCAAUAUCCAUUGCCUAUUAUUGGUCAAUGAUGAAAAUAGAUCAAAGCCAGUGGUUGGAAAAAAUCAUCACUUAACGUACUUGCAAGGCCCUUUUCUCUGAAGAUUAGUAUUUGGCAGUAAGUUACUUCAUUCCAGAGUGUAAAUCUAACUGUACUUAUUAUUUUCCUGAUAACAAAAUACAUUUAAAAAUAAAGCAAAAUGUGCAUAGAUCAUUUUGCAGAGUCAAAGGA